AUGGCCACAUUCAAAGUACCCGAUCUCAGCAAUCCAGAGAUAAGAGCUCGACUGCCUCCUAGUCAGCACAAAGAAGUCGCUGUUAUGCUUCUGCAAGGAUGUGCGCAAGCUGGGGAUCCUCUCGCGAUCGUACACAUCCUGACUGUCGUCUACCUUGGCAGUUUGGGCAACCAGCCCGCUCAAGAGAUUGCAAGGCUCUUUCCACAGAAAGAUAUCGCCCAAUACCGCCAGCUGCUCGACACGAUUGACUUGCAGACCUUGGAAAAGACUCCAACUCUAGUAGUUGAAGUUUUGACUCUAAGAGGACUCUUCCUUGAGCAAGCAGGACAGAAGCAAGAGGCCAUAAAAGCAUACCAAGAAGCCAUCAAGCCUUCAACUCUUAAUGAUCAAACUGGAAGGCCAUUAACGCAUGCGAUGCAAUUUCCCCUUAUAGCACCCUGGAAUGCGCUCGGUUAUCUACUCAAGGCAGACAAAGAUCCGAAAGUACAGGCAGAAGCCCAGUCAUAUUUCCAGAAAGGCGCUCUCGAAGGUGAUGAUCCGCUUUCAUACUACGAACUCGCAGCCUAUGAGCCGAAAACAAGCGAAAAGUGGUUGCGGUAUACGAGCAAAGCAGCAGCAUCCGGUCACAGACAAGCCAUACUGGACCUCACUGGCUUCUAUCAAGAAGUGGCAGCAUCGAACUCUCAUCGAAAAGCCUUGAUAGGAUCACCUUCAAACUUCUGGUCGCACUCUACCAAGAAUGGCUUUGACCUCACUCAUCCCUCUACGCACUCGUCACCAACUAUCGGGCCCACACACACCAUCCAGACACGAGCUGAUGCCAUCACAAUCGAUCCUUCGAAAUCGGCCCUUGUCAUCAUUGACAUGCAAAACUUCUUUCUCUCCGAAGCUUUCGGCCGCGGUCAAAAAGGUCCUGGUCACAUUGCCUGCGAACAGUUGGUCAAGUACGCUAUCCCAGCUGCACGCAAGGCUGGCAUCAGAGUCGUAUGGGUAAAUUGGGGGCUUACGGAGGAAGAAGCCAAAGAGAUGCCGCCAGCUGUGAAACGCGCGUUUGGCUUCUUCUCCAUUCCGGAAGAUGCAGAUUUCAAAGCCGACGACGCUUUUGGACACCAAGAAGGAAGCGUGAGCAUGGAUCGACAUGGCAAAGAAAACCAGUCUUUCUACCGUGGUAUCGGUGCUGACUGCGGGAUGCUCAAGUUUCCAGACGGGAAAACCGUAGAGGGGGGUAAAUUACUCAUGCGCGAUUCUUGGAACGCAGCGCUCUACCCUCCAUUUGAUGCCAUGUAUGUCGAAGGCAGCAAGUUGGAGAGUAGGCCUGACGUCUGGAUCCAUAAGAACAGGAUGAGCGGGAUGUGGGGUGCUACGACACCCCUCAAAGAGUUUCUGGAUAAAGAGGGUAUUAGGACCUUGUUCUUCACAGGUGUCAAUACCGACCAGUGCCAAUGGGUACGACUGCGUGUUAUUAGGUGA